GAUCUCUCCAGUGAAAAAUGGACGGUAUUUUCAAUUUUGGUAAUACAAACCCCAAUGAGACUCCCCGAAAAAGAACUCUCAAUGGUCAUGACCCCAGAGGAGAGUGCUAUUCCAUAAACAUAUGAUAUCUCUUCCCGUUUCGGUUGCAGGAGAAUUUGAAUUCCCAGCAAUAUUAUUAUGGAGCCGCCACUAUAUGAAUUUCCAAUGAGGAACACUUAUAUUAGUAACUUCUCUCCUUAUGGUUGCAGAGGUAUCUGGACGUGGAAGAGAGUACGGAAAUCUAGACUCCAUUCCUAGAAUUUCACAGAGGACAGGGAGAAAGCAGGUUGGAUCUCUUGCACCUAAUGAAGGUGCUGCUUCCACAUCUGGUAUUGCAUCUCAAACAGCAUCUGGUGUACUGUCUGGUUCGGGUGUUCUAAAUGCUAGACCUGGGAGUGCAACAUCAUCUGGGCUACUUUCCCAGAUGGUAUCAACUAUGAAUGCAGAGGUUGCAAGGGAAUACCUGGGGAAAGUGUCAGACCUGCUGGAGUUUUCUCAAGCUGAUACAACUGUAAAAUCCUAUAUGUGUAGCCAAAGCUUGCUUAGUCGUCUUUUUCAGAUGUUCAACAGAAUGGAGCCCCCUAUUCUUUUGAAGAUACUUAACUGUAUCAAUAACCUGUCAACUGACCCGAACUGCUUAGAGAAUCUUCAGCGCGCAGACGCAAUUAAGUACCUGAUCCCAAAUCUUGAACUCAAAGAUGGGCCUCUUGUAGAUCAAAUUCAUAGUGAGGUCCUCAAUGCAGUUUUUAACCUCUGCAAGAUAAAUAAGAGGAGACAGGAACAAGCUGCUGAAAAUGGAAUAAUUCCACACUCGAUGAAUCCUAUAAUGUCUGAUUCUCCUUUAAAACCACAUGCAUUACCUCUACUGUAUCACAUGGCUCAUGCAUCACGUAAUUCAAGAGAGCAAUUGAGGGCUCAUGGUGGAUUGGAUGUAUACAUGAGCCUGCUCGAUCAUACGGUUUGGUCAGUGACAGCAUUGGACUCUACUGCUGUUUGCUUGGCUCAUGACAAUGACAACCGCAAAGUGGAACAAGCAUUGCUAAAAAAGGAUGCAGUUCAGAGAUUAGUGAAGUUUUUCCAAUGUUGCCCAGAACAACAAUUUGCGCACAUUUUGGAGCCGUUCUUGAAAAUUAUAACAUCCUUUGGGAUGCGUGCUGCUCAAAUCAUCCGCAUUUCAUUUGUAUUUAUUGAAGGCAGGAAAUCAUCUCGGAUAAAUACGACGUUAGCUGUUAAUGGCUUGACACCUCUGCUCAUUGUGAGUCUGGACCAUCAGGAUGCUUAAACUAAUGAAGGUGGGUGGAAUUUUGCAACCCCUCACCGUCCCCUCUCGCGAUAAUGAUACAUGAGAUACUUAAUGAUUAAAUUUCAUUAGAUAUUUUUGGUUUCAUAAAUCAAGAAGAUGGUGCUUUUGUUGAGGGAAAGGAAAUCACAGAGGUUCCAAGCUAGAGAGAAGUCUAGUUCCAUGGCCCCAUCCAAAAAUCACUUUUAUUAAAAAUAAAAAAAUAAAAACACGGACACACGCCCUCACUUUUAUCCAGAGGUCACCUUCUCUCUCUCUCACGCACAAGCUCAAAGCUCAAAGCUCAGAGAUUCCUCCCCUCCUCUUCUGCUUUUUCUCGCUUCCUCGCUCUUGAUAAUUGAAGAACUGAGCGGAUGGCAAAAGGUUUGAUAUGGGCGACAGCAGAGGAUUUGGCAAGGAACAGAGGACGUGUUAUAUCUCUUUAUCGUCAGAUACUGCGAAGUCUUAACUCGCCAAGUUUGCCUCUUAAUUUAGCAGAAAGACUGGCUAAGAAGGCUGAAGUUCGUGCGAUCUUUAUGCUGGGAUCUGAGGAGACAUCAGUACAUAACAUUGAAGACCUUUUUGACACUGCUGAAUAUGCUCUCUCCAUCCUCAAAAAAGGUGAGAUCCCAAAUACGAGGAAUCCACUCUGAUGAGGGCUACCGCCUGACUGUACACUUUGAAAUGCCUUGCUUGACAGUUACAAGGGAUGUACACGAACAAAGAAUUGUCUCAGCCUAUGACAGGUUUCUGUUCUAGUUUUCUUCAAUUUUGUCCAGUUGGCUUAUUGAGAUGGGGGAACAGUUGUUUUAGGUUGUCGAUAAAACAAAUGUUUGUUGGGAUUAAGCUCAGUUAAGUUAUUUACUCCUCGAUGGACUGGAAAUUAAGAUUUGGAUUCUUUUGGAUCCUGCUGCACUACAUCACAAUUGGAUAACUCUAUCACUUUGGACCUCA